UCGCCGCGCGCGCUUUGUUCAAGCAAGAUGUCGACGCCCAUGGAGGUAGUGGUUUCUGCCGAUUCAAGUGGUCAGUUAUGGAAUUGUGCAGUCUUCGAUCUUCAUUCAGGGACAAAUCUGUUGUCCUAUCGAGGUGGAAACAGUUCGUCUAGGUCGCUGACCCUCCUUAAUGGCGAAUACAUUCUUGGAGCACAGCUGGGAAAGAACUUCAUCAACGUAUGGGAAGUGCAGAGGAAGGACCAGCUCCAGCAGAAGAUCGUGUGCCCCGGCAUCGUCACCUGUCUCACCACCUCACCUGACGGACUCUAUGUGCUGGCGGGCAUCGCUGACGCUAUUUACCUGUGGGAGGUUUCCACGGGCAACCUGUUGGCCAUCCUGAACCGCCACUACCAGGACCUGACCUGUCUGCGCUUCACCGACGACAGCAGUCACUUCAUCUCUGGAGGCAAGGACAACCUGGCGCUCAUCUGGAGCCUCGUCAGCGUGGUGCAGCUGGACUCCUCCCACACCCCUGAGCCCCGUCACGUCCUGUCACGCCACUCGCUGCCCGUCACCGACAUCCACUGCGGCCUCAUGGGAGCUCAGGCUCGCGUCGCCACCGCCUCCCUCGACCAGACCGUGAAGCUAUGGGAGAUCUCCUCAGGCGAGCUGCUGCUCUCGGUGCUCUUCGACGUCAGCAUCAUGUCCGUGACCCUUGACCCCUGCGAGUACUUCCUGUUUUGUGGCGGCAGCGAUGGGACCAUCUAUCAAGUGUCUCUGUGCAGCCCGAGCCUGAGUCGGGAUAAGACCUUCCAGUCAGACAGCGAGGGAAACCAGGUGUUUAAAGGCCACAGGAACUUGGUGACGUGUCUCUCUGUGUCCAUGGACGGAACACUGCUGCUGUCCGGCUCCCAUGACGAGACGGUCCGACUCUGGGACGUCCAGAGCAAGCAGAGCAUCCGCACCAUCAACCACAAAGGUCCGGUGACCAACGCUUGCAUCAUGCUCGCCCCCGCCAACAUGUUCCUGCCCGAGAGUCGCCCGGCCGCUCCUCUGCCACGCUUCAGCCGCCACCUCAACCCCACGGAGCAGGGCGACUCCACCGCCACCGCGGGCAUGUGUCUACGCGUGGGCACCAACGCUCAGGACCCUGAGGAGACCUACCUGGAGAAGGCAGACCGCCUCCACUCCCUUAUGUGUGCAGUCACGGACAAGAGUGUGUUCGGGGAUGGAGAGAACACUAAAGUGCGAGUGUCAGAGCUGGAGGAGGAGGUGAAGACGCUGAAGAAGAUCAACAAGGACCUCUACGACUUCUCCAGCCAGCUGCUCAUCAAGCCCAGCUAGAGUGCCGCACGUGGGCCUCACGUGGGCCGCAUGUGGCCCGGAGGACAGCCUAAACACACACACACACACACACACACACACACACACACACACACACACACACACACACACACAUACACACAUACUGGUCCCUCCAGAGACACUUGACUGUCCAGCCACCAGCAAAGCAGUUUGAGACUGGACAGACCACGCCCCUUUACCAAUUUAGCUUAUUAUGACAUGAACAGACCACGCCCCCUUUAGCGCAUUAUGCUCUGUGUAGACCACGCCCCCUUAUUCAUUUAGCUCAUUAUGAUCUGGACAGACUCCGCCCCCUUAUCCAUGUAACUCAUUGUCCAUCUCAUUAUCUGUGGAAAUGAAGAAAGUGUGUGUGGGUUUACUGUGCAUUGUUCUGCAGGUAGAGAGUGUGUGUGUGGGUGGGUUUACUACAUUGUACUGCAGGUAGAGUCAUUUGUUUUGGUCUCAUACAGAUACACC